AUGUAUAGGACAACGAGCGAAGGCGCAGCUUCUAGCGCGGGAGGAUCAUCCAAAAAAUGGCGGCUACCAAGGCCUUUGCGAACGAAGAAGAGUAAACUUGGCAAGGAUGAUAGGGGAAGAACGUCCGGGUCUAGUGAAUUUGACCCCAGUCACUUAUCGUCACAUCUUCGAUCGGACUCCAGUUCCAUGCAUGCCAUGUACGAGAUGCAAGAAAACAACUAUAGACAGUUGCAGAUCUUGACACAGCGAAUGCGUUCGGCGCCUUCCGGCCCAAGCCAUGUCGAUUCCGCUUAUAGAGAGUUUGAGAAAAUCCGGGAACCUUGCUCGACGCUUUGUUAUAGUAUUUUACGGGACGAAUUAAGGCCGGUCAAGGCACUGUCGAAUACCACUGAGACAAUGACUCGAGGAGACUCUUCGUUUGACUCUCCUCGUAGCCCCGGGGCCACUAUAUUUGACCAAAGAAGCUCGUUUAGCGGCCGCAGUCUUACUGAGGUAAUUACGGGGAACACUACAAAGCUUGGUCCAACUAAUGAGUUGUGGCUAAAUGCCGUCAGAGACUGGAAAACUUGUCUGGAAACUCUGUGCGAAGCCUUCAAAGUCAGCUUAGCCGACACUUACAAAAGCUACGAGCGUGAUGCGACCCCGGAAAUGGUCGAUUUGCUUUUCACAAGUCGAAAGUUUCGCCGAGAAGCAGUGCAUCGCAUGAGAAAUGCUAGCGUCACUAGGCUCCUCUCUGCUGAUCCCCAAUUUUUCCCCAGAUACGAGAUUCGUUUCAGAAACUAUGAAAGGGUUAAGAAAGAAGUGACCGAAGUUCGGCGGCUUCUCCAGUCUGGGGAAUCGGGAAUUUCACCCUCAAGAGAGGUUCAGGAAUUCUUUAUCGCAGAACGGGGCGACGCCAUGCUUGAAUUUGCGAAUAUUGGAAACCAAGCGUCAAAUAAUGACCCAGUUUUACGCUUUCGUGUCUCAUCUUACAUGCUGGCUGAGACAUCCCCCAUCUUUGCUCGCAUGUUCUCCGGCCACGCAAACAGCAUGCAAUUGCACGAAGCUGAAGACAUCACACCUCACGUCCCCCCCCCUCCUGCACCCUACUCCCUGGAGAUCUUGAUGCAUGCGGCACAUAUGCACAACGAAUUAAUUCCGAGAGAGGUCACUUUCAAUCAGUUUGUCGCCAUUGCAGAGUGCUCAAUGAGAUAUAAGAGUACAUCACCGCUGGAAAUGGUGGUUGAGCACAGAUGGCUCCCUCAAUGGAUGCAUAGAGGUGCUGAUGACAUGCCCGAUGGAGUCUUAGUCAUCAGUUAUGCCUUCGGCUGCAGACAACUCUUUACUCGAAUGUCAAAGAGUGCUAUUUUGAAUUUGGUUGAUGAAAAAGACUUGCAAAGCAAGCCCUGGCCGCAGAAAAUUAAGGACAAGAUUUGGGCAGUUAGAUGUGCCAAGUUGGCUCAGAUCUAUUCUUGCUGCACUAACGCUAUUCAAGAAUAUAUCCGCCAGCCUAAUCAAGAUUCACCCACAGAGACGUACGCGCAUCCUCAGGUGGAGGUGAUGACAAGCCUACAGACUGCGGCUGCACCCCCAGCUUACGCGGCCACCCUGACGAGUUCGCCAAGAUGUCCCAAGGGAAGUCAUAGCUGCGAUGCCUCCAAUCUCGGGUGGAUGAUACUCGUCUUUAAUCAAAUGAAUUUGCUGCCACAAAUUCUGCAACCCUCUGUUCUAUCUCACAUGUCAGAGUCCGAGGAGCCAUCGAGAAGCCUAGCCCAGCUGGUUGAAACUCUGAGGAUGAUGCCCAGCCCUGCGUCGCCCGUUCAUCGAAGUGGGGUUUGUGACCCAAGCCCAGCCUUUCGCGCGGCCAUUGCCGACAUAUAUAACAGUGUCACAGGCCUUACUCUUCAUGAUAUCAGCGGAAAGAGCCAUGGCUGGGCAUUGUCAAAGCACCGUAUGUUGGAUCCACAGACAGUUCCAGCAACCGGCUUGAGUCGCAUGGCAGCCAGUGAUGAUAAUUAUUCAGUGGUGAAUGAAUUCCCUGACUCCAUUCGGUUCCAGAUUCUUCUUGAGAUUAGUGACCUCAGUGAUCUACAUGCCGCGGCUCGGAUCAACAAGGGUUUCUACGAGACAUAUCAAACUCAUGAAUUGACCUUGAUGCGUAAUAUUCUCCGUGCAGACCGAUUGAGAACGGGCUUCGUCCUGGUCCCACAGCGCGCCGGAAACUCUGAAGAUAAGAUUCCAAAGGAGGUGUCAGAUAUGAUCAAGCGCGAGGGGCCAAUUGAGGGAGCAGACGCUGUUACGAUUGGAACGGACGACUAUGAUUAUUCAGAUGAGGAUGAAGACCAUGAGGAGGAUUUGGAGGGAAUUGAAGGGACAGAGGCGUCUCCUAGAAAUCCCAUACUCUCAAGCCGGCCUCUCACCGUCGACCCUCCUAUAUACACGGAGGAUGAAAGACGUUCCUCUGAAGAUGCUGCCUCGCCGACCACGCCGCGACAAAUAACUCUCGACGGCCCAGUGCCUUCUCAGCGUUCUCCAAAGAAACCGGAUGAGACAGUUACCGUCGUUAUCGAGGAACCACUAAUGACUGAUGAAGAGGCACGCAGAAUUUUGUGGCCCGACCCAAUAGUGUCCGAAUCUCCGACCCCAACCAAGCCCCCAUCUCCUGGGGUGGAGGUGAUACAUGAGAAGUUCCGGGUGGGUGAUCCUUCUUUUGUCGUGGCAUUAGAGGAUAAGACGCUAGUUAUUACUGGAGACAAGCAGCUACGAAGCGAGUUAGAUCGGAGAAUUGGCUUGUCGAAGAAGGGCGACAACAGGCCAAAUAGUUCGAGGAAUACGUGUGGCGGUUGUGGGUCGAAGGGCUAG